CCACCUCGAGCCCGCCCACCGUCCAGCAUGAGCUACAACCCGCACACGUCCAGCUCCAACCUCCUCGGAUCCCUCGAGGGCAACAUCACGGCCGACGACGAGUCGGCCGCCGAGGAGGGUCGCGCCCGCUCCAACAAGCCCGCGUCCCAGCAACCGCUCCUCCCGACCUACACCACCUCGAGCGCACCGCCCGAGCAGCGCGGCAGCGUCCCCGUCACCAACGGCAUCAGCUCGACCGACGCCGCCGGCGACAGCAUCUGGAGCCAGUCGGCCCACCCGGUCGCCCUCUUCUUCCUGUACGCGUUCCGGUGCGCCGCCAUUGCCACCUACCUCCUCUGCGGCUUCUUCGUGUCGUCCUACGUCUUCUCGACGGUCCUCGUCGUCGUCCUCCUCUCGCUCGACUUCUGGACGGUGCGCAACGUGUCGGGCCGGGUCCUCGUCGGCCUGCGCUUCUGGAACCAGGUCGACGACGACGGCACGUCGUUCUGGGUGUUUGAGAGCCGCAGUCCCGAGCAGCCGGCAAACGCGGUCGACGCCAAGAUGUUCUGGAUCGCCAUGUACUCGUUCCCGGCGGCGUGGAUCCUGCUCCUGUUCGUCGGCCUCCUCAAGUUCAACAUCUCGUUCCUCCCCAUCGUCAUGCUCGCCCUCGUCUUCAACGUCACCAACACGAUCGGCUACACGUACGGUGCGCCCGGUCUCUCUCUCUCUCUCGACCGCGACGCCAAGCGGCGGUGGGCGACGGGCAUGGCGGCGCAGGGCAUGCUGGGCCAGAUGGGCGGCAUCGGCGGGAGCCUCCUGAGCGGUAUCGCGACGACGGCGUACCGCAAGUUCCUCGGCUGAGGAACAAGGGGGCGAGAGGGGGCAAUGCAGGCUCGGUCCAAAGGUC